AUGGGAUGGAGGCGAACUUCUGAUACUGAGUCAUUUAUGGAAGUGAAAGAAGCAUACGACUGUUUGCGGAAAUCGGCCAGCAGAGCGCAGUAUGAUAGUCGUUUAGUCAAUGCAGCUGGUCAUCUUCAUGAGGCUUCUGCAUAUGAAAUUCAACCAGCGGGAUCUAUGGAUCUCGAACAAGAAUACUAUAAAGAGAAGCACAGAAAUAGAAUGCUUGUUAUUGCGGCUGGAUUGGCGUUUAUCCUUGUUCUAGCAAACAUCGGCUACGUGAGGGGUUCAUUCCUCGAGUUCCGGCCGGGGUUGGGUCCCCAUCCCCGACGAGAGACGAAUCCCAAUCCU